CCUCCCGAUUGGACGGCAGGUCUUGGGCAUUACAUCUUCUCUCCAUGGUGAAUAAAAGAGUGCUGGAGAGCCUAUCGUUACGCUAGCUUUCUCCUCCCAGUAUGUGCGCCAAAGUUGGCCACUUCAACUACUCCCAGACAGCUAGCAGAAGCUGUGAUCAAAACUAGCACAACCUCUCCCUGAUUCCAGGCAAACGACAAUAUUUACAAUUGCUUCAGAGCACACGUUAUACUGUGCAUUGCUCAUUCUCCUCUUGUUUUUACUUUGUGCCGUUUAUCGACAAAAUCUGACUUUUUUUAAUAGACUGGGCACUGUCCACUGGUGUGUCUGGAUUUGUUUUUGUACAUCUGUGUUGCAUGUUUUAAAACAUUGGACCUGUUACUGUUUGCACGACGUAAAAGACACUGGACUUCUCCGCGUGACUGAUUCUUUUAUUUAAUAGCCAGAGUUUGAAUUUGUUGGAAGUAGCUGGAAUGGCUACUUUCCCUGGUACAGUUCCUCGAAUGAUGCGCCCGGCUCCAGGCCAGAACUACCCAAGAACCGGAUUCCCAUUAGAAGUGUCUACGCCUCUGGGUCAAGGUCGAGUGAAUCAACUUGGUGGAGUUUUCAUAAACGGAAGGCCGCUUCCAAAUCAUAUUCGGCACAAAAUAGUGGAAAUGGCCCAUCACGGCAUCCGACCGUGUGUGAUAUCACGACAGCUUCGAGUUUCACACGGCUGUGUGUCCAAAAUCCUUUGUCGGUACCAGGAGACCGGAUCCAUUCGUCCUGGAGCUAUAGGUGGUAGUAAACCCAGGCAAGUGGCAACACCUGACGUUGAAAAAAGGAUCGAGGAGUACAAACGCGAAAAUCCAGGGAUGUUCAGCUGGGAAAUCCGAGAUAAAUUGCUGAAAGACGGUGUGUGUGAUAGAGGCACGGUUCCUUCAGGUGAGGCCUCCUCCGUUAGCUCCAUUAGUCGGGUUUUGAGAGCUCGUUUUGGCAAGAAAGAUGACGAUGACGACUGUGAUAAAAAAGAUGAAGAUGGAGAGAAGAAAACCAAGCACAGCAUCGAUGGGAUUCUCGGGGAUAAAGGUAACCGCACAGACGACGGUUCGGAUGUGGAGUCUGAGCCCGACCUGCCCCUGAAGAGGAAGCAGAGACGCAGUCGUACCACCUUCACGGCCGAGCAACUGGAGGAGCUGGAGAAAGCUUUUGAGAGGACGCACUACCCCGACAUCUACACCAGAGAAGAGCUCGCACAGAGGACCAAACUCACUGAGGCUCGCGUGCAGGUCUGGUUUAGCAACCGAAGGGCCAGGUGGCGUAAACAAGCAGGGGCCAAUCAGCUAGCAGCAUUCAACCACCUGUUGCCCGGAGGGUUCCCGCCCACUGGAAUGCCAACUUUAUCCACCUAUCAGCUUCCAGACUCGACAUACCCCAGCACCACUCUCUCACAAGUCUUUUCCUGUGCUUCAGAUGGCAGCAGUACAUUACAUCGGCCACAGCCUCUUCCACCAUCCUCCAUGCACCAGGGCGGGCUCACGGCCGACAGCAGCUCCGCCUACGGCCUGUCGUCCAAUCGCCACACCUUCUCCAGCUAUUCAGAAACGUUCAUGAGCCCGUCAGCUUCAAGCAACCACAUGAACCCUGUGAGCAACGGCCUUUCUCCACAGGUGAUGAGUAUUUUGAGUAACCCCGGUGCGGUCCCGUCUCAGCCUCAGCACGAUUUCUCCAUCUCUCCUCUUCAUGGCAGUCUGGAUGCAUCUAACACCAUCUCAGCGAGCUGCAGCCAGCGCUCAGACACCAUCAAGGGCGUAGACAGUCUGGCAUCAACCCAGUCCUACUGUCCACCCACAUACAGCGCCACCAGCUACAGCGUGGACCCCGUCACUGCCGGAUACCAGUACAGCCAGUAUGGCCAGACCGCUGUGGACUAUCUGGCCAAGAACGUCAGUCUGUCGACCCAGAGGAGGAUGAAGUUGGGUGAUCAUUCUGCAGUGCUGGGACUUCUGCAGGUGGAGACGGGACAGGCGUACUGAGCCAUCUGACCACAAAAACCCACCGCUCUCAGACGCACACAUCUCCUCAAACCUGCCGGAGAUCUUUUCUGCGUGACUGUCUGUGUUCCAGAGAGGUUUCUCUACACAAUUUCUGAGAAAGAAACUCCUCAUUCCAGUUGACGUGACCGUCUGUCUUGUAAUUCUGAGCUGGUUUAAAGAAGACCAUGCAGCGGUUACAAACACGUCUAGAGAUGCUGACGGCGUACAACAGGAGCGCAUUCCGUUUCACCUCGCUGUGCAUAGUUGUGUAUGAAUCUCAGUGUCAUUAAAACUCGCGCUUGUUUUCUAUCGAUAUUGUUAUUACGGUUGCCCUUACGGUUGGUAUUAUGAUUAUUGUAAUUAUUGUUUUGUUUGGUUGUUUCUGAAUUCACACAUUGUUCACGUUUGAUUUUUGAGGUAUUCCAGCAGUGAGCUGUGACAGGGAUGUGUGCGAGUUCCACUGCUGGUUUUUCACUUUCCAGGCCCUAAAGCCGUAAUGUUUCCGAGCGAUUUGACCUUCCAUGCCUUCAAAUUUCUCUUGACAUUCCAGACGAACUUGGCCACUCUGUGGGAAGUCUGGCUUUGGGCAUUCUUCUGGGAAUAAGCUGUGCUUUUACAGGACCAAUGAUUUUCCCCUCUCAAAUGCCCGCUCUGUCCUUAGCAGUGUUGGGUGUAACUAGUUACUAAGUAAUUAGUUACUGUAAUUUAAUUACUUUUCCCUUGAAAAAGUAAAGUAAGGGAUUACUCUUAUUUUUCUGUAAUUUAAUUACAGUUAUUUUGAUGUAAUUAAACUAAAUACUUUGUGUAAUAUAUGUGUGUGUAAUAGUGGAAUUGACAUCAAAAUUCAAAGUCUUACUUUAAAAUCUGUUCUUUAAUGUAUAAUUCUCACAUUUGUAAUACUUUGGUCAGCUAAUAAUACUACUUUAUGUAGUUUAAUAUUAUUUAUUUGAAAGAAUUAAAAGAGCCCUUUUAACUUAUCAAGGUUGAUAUAGGAUAUAGAAAGUAAUUAGUAGUAAGUAACUAAAUACUUUUUGGAGAGAGUAAUUUGUACAGUAAUCUAAUUACACUAUUGAAUAUGUAAUUAGUAACUAGUAAUUAAUUACUUUUUCAGAGUAACUUACCCAACACUGGUCCUUAGUAAUAAUCUUGAGGGAAGAAAACGGCAUUGUUUGGAGGAGGCGCACAAGAGAUACAGUCUUACUGUAAGCGUUUAAUACACAUAAGUUUAAAACAACAAAUAUGAACAUUUCCUUAUUAAAAUAUCUCAAUAAAUCAAAUGCACAAGUGAUUUAACCCUGUAAACAUUUUGACAACAUUCCUUAAAUUCAAACUUUUCCUGCUCUUUCUUUUCCGCCGUUUGCUUAUCAAUUCUAUUCUCAUCUUUUCACAAACUGAUACAGAAACAGACAUCAGGGCUCAUGUAUAUUACGAUCUCGCGCGUUCACAAAUAUGUACAAAAAAGUAGUGAAUUUUUUACAUUUGUGUAGCACCCACAAGACAUUUUGGCAUAAAUGGAAUUGUACAGUAGACGAAGAAGACCGUUUAUUGUUUUGUUUAUAAAGAAUAUGUUUUAUACUAAAACAAAAAGGUGUCGUGUGAUAGAUGAAGCAGGGCAUAUGUGUAAGUCUUAUAUUGUAAUUUUGUGUUAAUAUUUACAUUUCCUUGCUUUUUAAUAGUUAUUAUGUAUCAUUUUUCUUAGAAUUGAAAGUGUAUGAGAAGCUCUUGAUAAAAUGUCACACAGAUUGUACGAAAGGCGAAUCGUAUUGUUGAUGAUUCUGGCUGGUGCUUCAGGAACAGCACUUAUGAAGAAACUGAUCACUGAUGCUUAAUAUUGAACGUUUGGAAGCGAUUGAUGGAUCAUUCUAACAGACUGUGGGAACACACAGUGUUUGGUGCUAACUGACUCAAACGCGUCUUCAAGCAAACAUUUUAUUGGAUGUCUUCAUGACGAAUUGAACUCUUAAAGGAAACACGUGACCCCGUCCUCUUUGCUUUCAACUGUCUAUAUCUGAUAAAACCAUAAUAAACAAGCAAUGUAAUUAUAGAACCUUCCACAGCUAACAGUUUUGUUGAUGAACGUUUGGAAUACAUAAUAUAUUUCCCAUCAUGACUCCCUGCGAUGUCAAACUGGACGCCUGCUUUCUUUAGCAUUUGUGUUUUGGCUUUUCUCCAUUUCUUUUCAGCAUGUGUGUACUUUACCAUGGUAUAAUUUAUUCUGCUGUAUGAAGUAGUAGCUUUAGUGACAACCUUGUAUUUGGUAUUUACUACCUUCAGCCUGUUGGUGUCUUUACUGUAAGACUGGCAUAAAUGUUAUCAAUUAAAGAUCUAAA